CAGUUCCUUCCACUCCAAAGAGGCUCCUUCCCUACCCCAAACCUUGCUUUCCAAAGCCUAGCCUGCUGCCCCCGCCCCCCUACCCCAUGCCGCCCCUGCACCCGGUGGGGAGGACCUGUCCUAGGAGUGAUGCUCUGAGACUGUGGUGAAAUUGGUCCCCGGCUGGCUGCUUUCACUCCGGCUUGCUUGCUCUCCGGAGAGUCCUGUUCCAGACUUCUCGGGGGUUUUACAGCACAAACAACUGCAUGCGGGCUGGAGGGGAGGCGGAAAGGACUUGUGUGUGGAGGGCUUUGCUGCCUCCCAUCACUUUGCCGAGGUUCGCGGUGAAUUUCUGUCUACCACAGACACCGAGGAAGGAUCCUUUCUCCUUCUGUUGACUCUUUCUAUUUUUAUGCUGGAUACUAUCCUGUUGAGUAAAAGCACCACAUUUUCAUUAUCAAUUCAUCUAUUCAUCGACAUCUAGAACACUUCCAUUUCUUGACUAUUGUGAACAAAGCAGCAAUGAAAAUGGAUGAACAGGUUUAAGUUUAUCUAUUCAUGGGGCUGAAAAGCGCUUGCAAAUCCAUCAACGGCGAAGUGUGGCAAGCCGCCCAGGGUCACGUCGUCGCCUGCCUGUGGUCAGGCAUUCCUCACUCCCACCAGGCAGACGGUCAAUAAAAAUGGAGGCCAGCUCUUCUGGAAUCACUAAUGGAAAAAAUAAAGUUUUCCACGCAGAAGGUGGACUGGAUUUGCAAAGCCAUCAGCUGGAUAUGCAAAUACUGCCCGACGGCCCAAAGAGCGAUGUGGACUUUUCAGAGAUUCUUAAUGCAAUACAAGAAAUGGCCAAGGAUGUCAAUAUUCUUUUUGAUGAACUUGAGGCUGUCAACAGCCCUUGCAAAGAUGACGAUUCUCUGCUUCACCCUGGAAAUCUGACGAGCACUUCGGAGGACACCAGCAGGCUAGAAGCAGGGGGAGAGACAGUGCGAGAACGAAACAAAUCCAAUGGACUUUACUUUAGAGACGGAAAAUGUCGAAUUGACUACAUUCUUGUGUACAGAAAAUCCAACCCUCAGACUGAAAAGAGAGAAGUGUUCGAAAGAAAUAUUAGAGCAGAAGGAUUACAAAUGGAGAAAGAGUCCUCUCUAAUAAAUAGUGACAUUAUCUUUGUGAAGUUGCAUGCCCCAUGGGAAGUCCUUGGAAGAUAUGCAGAGCAAAUGAAUGUACGGAUGCCUUUCAGGAGAAAAAUCUAUUACCUGCCCCGCCGGUACAAGUUCAUGAGCAGGAUCGAUAAACAAAUAAGCAGGUUCCGGAGAUGGUUACCUAAGAAGCCAAUGAGGCUGGACAAGGAGACACUGCCAGACCUGGAAGAGAAUGACUGCUACACUGCCCCUUUCAGCCAACAAAGGAUCCAUCACUUCAUCAUACACAACAAAGACACUUUCUUCAACAAUGCCACAAGAAGCAGAAUCGUGCAUCAUAUUUUACAAAGAAUAAAGUACGAGGAAGGAAAGAAUAAAAUCGGUCUGAACCGCUUGCUUACCAAUGGCUCCUAUGAAGCUGCCUUUCCCCUGCAUGAGGGAAGUUACAGGAGUAAAAACUCCAUUAAAACCCAUGGAGCUGUAAACCACCGACAUCUACUGUAUGAGUGCUGGGCCUCCUGGGGCGUGUGGUACAAGUACCAGCCUUUGGAUCUUGUCAGGCGAUAUUUUGGAGAGAAGAUUGGACUGUAUUUCGCCUGGCUGGGCUGGUACACAGGCAUGCUCUUCCCUGCAGCCUUCAUUGGGUUGUUUGUCUUCUUGUAUGGAGUCACCACUCUGGAUCACUGCCAAGUCAGUAAAGAAGUCUGCCAAGCAACAGAUAUCAUCAUGUGUCCUGUAUGUGACAAAUACUGUCCAUUCAUGAGGCUAUCAGACAGCUGCGUCUAUGCCAAGGUGACCCACCUUUUUGACAAUGGGGCCACUGUGUUCUUUGCUGUGUUCAUGGCAGUCUGGGCUACUGUUUUCCUGGAAUUCUGGAAGAGACGCCGAGCAGUGAUCGCUUAUGACUGGGAUCUGAUUGACUGGGAAGAAGAGGAGGAAGAAAUACGACCCCAGUUUGAAGCCAAGUAUUCCAAGAAAGAGCGGAUGAAUCCCAUUUCGGGAAAGCCAGAACCUUAUCAAGCAUUUACUGAUAAAUGCAGCAGACUUAUCGUUUCUGCAUCAGGAAUAUUCUUCAUGAUCUGCGUGGUGAUCGCUGCUGUGUUCGGGAUCGUCAUUUACAGGGUGGUGACUGUGAGCACGUUCGCUGCCUUUAAGUGGGCAUUAAUCAGGAAUAACUCUCAGGUUGCAACCACAGGGACUGCAGUAUGCAUCAACUUUUGUAUCAUUAUGCUGCUGAAUGUGCUCUAUGAAAAAGUCGCACUCCUUCUAACAAAUCUGGAACAGCCUCGCACAGAAUCCGAGUGGGAGAACAGCUUUACCUUGAAAAUGUUUCUUUUUCAGUUUGUCAAUCUGAACAGCUCCACUUUUUACAUCGCAUUCUUCCUCGGAAGAUUUACAGGACACCCAGGUGCCUACUUGAGAUUGAUAAACAGGUGGAGGCUAGAAGAGUGCCACCCUAGCGGAUGCCUUAUUGAUCUCUGCAUGCAAAUGGGUAUUAUAAUGGUGCUAAAGCAGACCUGGAAUAAUUUCAUGGAACUUGGCUACCCGUUAAUUCAAAAUUGGUGGACUAGAAGAAAAGUCCGACAAGAACAUGGGACUGAAAGGAAAAUAAAUUUCCCACAGUGGGAAAAGGACUACAAUCUUCAGCCGAUGAAUGCCUAUGGACUCUUCGAUGAAUACCUGGAAAUGAUCCUUCAGUUUGGAUUCACGACUAUCUUUGUGGCAGCUUUUCCUCUAGCACCGCUUCUGGCCUUACUGAAUAACAUCAUUGAAAUCCGACUUGAUGCUUAUAAGUUUGUUACUCAGUGGAGAAGGCCUUUGGCUUCGAGAGCCAAAGACAUUGGAAUUUGGUAUGGAAUUCUCGAAGGCAUCGGGAUUCUGUCUGUUAUUACGAAUGCAUUUGUCAUAGCAAUAACAUCCGACUUCAUCCCUCGCUUAGUAUAUGCUUAUAAAUAUGGACCUUGUGCAGGCCAAGGAGAAGCUGGGCAAAAGUGCAUGGUUGGCUAUGUGAAUGCCAGCUUGUCUGUGUUCCGAAUUUCUGACUUUGAAAAUCGGUCAGAGCCAGAGUCUGAUGGCAGUGAGUUCUCAGGAACCCCUCUGAAGUACUGCAGAUAUCGAGACUACCGGGACCCUCCUCACUCUUUGGCACCCUACGGCUACACACUGCAGUUCUGGCAUGUCCUCGCAGCUCGGCUGGCUUUUAUCAUUGUGUUUGAGCACCUCGUGUUUUGUAUAAAGCACCUCAUUUCCUAUCUGAUACCAGACCUCCCGAAAGAUCUAAGGGACCGGAUGAGGAGAGAGAAGUACUUGAUCCAGGAGAUGAUGUAUGAGGCUGAGCUGGAGCGCCUCCAGAAAGAACGGAAGGAGAGGAAGAAGAACGGAAAAGCACAUCACAAUGAGUGGCCAUGACAAGGUGACAGCUGAUUUUCGGGCGAAAGACCUGAAUUUUGUUUACUUCUGGCAGUGCAAAAAAGCACAUUCAAGUGAAUGACCAGCAGCGCACGCGCAGUGCAUGCUGCGGACACCGCCGCGCAGCCGCAGACAGGGCGGCAGCGAGGAGAUGGCCGACUGAGGUGGAGUCCCGCUGUUGUGAAAUCACGCUGCAGUCCAGCACACAAUUGCUAUCUAUCCAUAGACCAUUCUUGACCGAGCAAGCAUGCACGUUAUGGGCAGUUACAUUCUCAAGUUUUUAAAACCAAGGGGAGACUUGUAUACUGGGCCUGUUUUUUUAGCCUGUUUGCUACCUUUUUUGCAUUCUAUCCCAUGUGAAUUUUACAGACACUGGGCUUAAAAAGGGUAUUUGGACACCUGGAAACAUUCCUAGAAUGUCCUAUUCUACAUCACCAAAUGACACAGAGAAGACCCUGUUUACAACUUUUUCUUUCUUUUUAAGUUCAGAUCUUUCUGAAGAGAUUAUUCUAUAUGACAUAUCUAUAGCUAUGUGGAUGGCCAUAGAUGUAUUUCUGUGUGUACAUAUGUAUAGACAUGUAUUCCUACAUAUGUACAUACAAAUGCAGAGGUAUAUUAAGUACAUAAGAAUUCCUUACUUGUAAAUAGCCAAAAAAAAAUAAAAAAAUAAAAAACAGUACUGACAUGAAUGAUGAAUUUUCACAUUUAAAGAGUCACCAACAUGAAGCCAUGUUUAAUUGCUUGUAUAAUGUGACACAAUAGAGUUUAAAAUAAAUUUAUG